AUGACGAGUUUUGGUUCAGUACGCGUCAGCACGUGCUUUUUACCGGUAUCCAUGGUUUGGCGGGUUUUGCCAUGGGCCGCUGUGUUGAACUGCAUCUAUGGGGACUCGGAAGACUUUGAUGUUCCUUUUGCGCAAGCCGCCAUCUUCACUGCCGAGCUUCCAGACGUGCGCAGUUGUGAUGGAGGGCCCGGCGGUAGCUGUAAGAAUCCGUUUGCAGCCAUGACUGCCUGGCGAUAUGCUAGCAACAACUUGCGUCUUGCCGUUGACCAUCUGCCAGAGUCUGAGAAGCUCAUGCACAAGAGCACCAUAGCCCUCAUUGCACAGAUUUGUGCCGAGAUCGAGUCCUUCUUCAAAGAGCCUACAGCUGAGACCAUGGGUGUUGCUGUGGGAAAUUCUCGUCAAAUCUUCGAUGCAUUGAAAGACUGGAUGUUACACUCAGCGGCAACACGCAUGCAACUGGACAGUCAAACCGUAGGCCUGCCUUUCCUGUACGGUGGCAGCUCCCUGCGGCUUCCAGCGCAUCCCUAUGCUCAGCCUGCAGAUGCGGAGGUCCGCCUGGCUAACGGAGUGGAGAUGCCAGUUCUGGGUUUUGGAACGUGGCAGCUGCUCGGUCAGCAGUGUUUCCAAGCCACUCUACAUGCGCUCAAGAUUGGCUAUAGGCAUGUGGACACCGCGCAAGCUUACGGCAACGAGGCCGAAGUUGGACGAGCGGUAGCUGCAGCCGGUCUUCCGAGGCAUCAGCUUUUCCUGGUGUCAAAGCUCAGCAACCCGGAGGAGUACACCAAUCUAAUGGCUCGCUUCGAAGCUCAACUUCGCGAGCUGCGAACUGAUUAUUUGGACUUGUACAUGCUUCAUUCUCCUGGGCCUUCACUGGAGUCCACGCGCACUGCAUGGCAAGCGAUGGAGCAGCUGUACCGCGAGGGGCGGAUUAGGGCCCUUGGUGUAUCCAACUUUGGCAGGGACGAGUUGGAGAAUUUAUUGAAGUUCGCGGUCGUGCCGCCGGUUUACGUGCAAAACAAGUUUUCGAUAUACACGCCUGGUGAACAGAGAGUCAAUCAUGACGUCUCUAUCAUGAGCUACCUGAAAGAGAAGAACAUUGUGAUGAUGGGCUACUCUGUGAUCAAUCCUUGGCCAGGAAUCAUUCCACCGUUGCAAGAUCCUCACGUCACAGCUAUGGCUGCGAGAAAGCAGAGAACGCCUUCACAGGUCCUUCAUCGCUGGGUGCUGCAGCUUGGUGCGGGCGUCAUCCCAAAGUCUUCAAGUGAGGGCAGAAUCGAAGAGAACGCGCGGCUUUUCGAUUUCAGUCUCAGCGAUGGAGAGAUGCGGCUCCUCAGCGGGAUUGUCACGCUGGUCGAAAGCACUGUCUCAAGCACAGCACCGAAGUGGAUUGACGACUCCUUUCAUCUUGGAGCGGGAGCAUGA